ACCAAUUAAAAUAAAGGAUAUCAUGUGUUUUAGUGAGAUUGUAUUCUUUUAUUUUAAUUAAUGAGAAAUUAAGAAGUUUAAACUAUAGAGACGGGGGCCUAUAACUUCUUUUUAUUACCUCCUAUUACUGAGCCUUUAAAAUCAGGAAAAUCCUAAAUCAUAAGUAAGAACUCUUAGUAAAAAUUCAAGUUAAGAUCAAUUGAUACUAAACCAACAAUUUUAUUUAAAUAGGAACAAUAUAAAUAAAAAAAGAAAAAUUAAGACUUGGUUUUACAUCAGCUCCAUUUACCUUUAAUAAAACCUGAAUUACAUAUUGUUCAAUCAAAAAAUAAAGAAUAAAAUAUCUCAACAAAUAGACUCAUUGAUAAUAUUUAACUUAUAAGUUGUAUAUCAAGAGUAAGAAAUCUAUCUUAUAAUGAAUAAAUAAAUAAAACAGAGAGAUCAGCUCAAUUUACGAUUCGAGGAACAUAAAGUUAAAUACAAAGUAGAAUACUUGUAUGA